CUGCGCGUCGCCUGCAGAGGAGAUGACUCGCGUGCGCGACCAUUCCCGCGUUUUUGGCCCAAUAUUCUACUGCUCCGAACUCGUGUAGUGUUGUCCGUAGUUUAGCACGCGCACGUGAUCUUAUCUCGAUGUUUCUUCUUCCUCGUGUUUUGCGGCCAAAAAUUCGCAGUGGGCUCGCAGCCGAAGCACAUACUCGCUAGCACAUAUAGGCACGAGGAAGGACGAAAAAUUCGAUUUUCACGACUCUCGUGCGCAUAGCUCAAGAAAACCGGUUCGAUCGGCAAGUGGUGUUGCGGAGGCAGCGUCGUCGUCGUCGUCGCGUCGGCUCGAUCGGCGGCCAACAACAACGGAGCGGAAAACUCGCUGCUGCUACGACGCUGCUGCUGGUCGACGACCAAGAGUCACAUGUUCGCGAUCUUGUCGAGGAGAGCCAUGCAGAAAGUGUCGCCUCAUGCAGCCACGUCUUCUUACGAGGAGGCGAUACGCUCCUUGAACAGUUUACAGAGUAACGCAGCUUACAUAAGCGCAGCCAGAUUGAAUAACUCCACGACGCAGAACACGAAUUUGCAAGACACGAAAAAGUACCUGCUGAGGUCCGGCUUGAGCCUCGAGCAGGUCGAGCGUCUGUCGGUGAUCCACGUGGCGGGCACCAAGGGCAAGGGCUCCACCUGCGCCUUCGCCGAGGCCAUACUGCGCGAGCAUGGCUUCAAGACGGGCUUCUACAGCUCGCCCCAUCUCAUCACGGUGCGCGAGCGCUUCCGCAUCGACGGCCGGCCCAUCAACGAGCACGAGUUCGCCCGGCACUUCUGGCACGUCUACGACCGGCUGAGCCAGCUGCGCGAGCACGAGCGCGACAUGCCGCAGUACUUCAAGUUCUUGACCGUGCUCAUGUUUCACGUGUUCUGCAAGGCCAACGUCGACGUGGCCAUCCUCGAGGUCGGCAUCGGCGGCGAGCACGACUGCACCAACAUCCUCGGCAACACCUGCUGCUCGGGCAUCACGAGCCUCGGCAUCGAUCACACGUCCCUGCUCGGCGACACGAUCGAGGCCAUCGCCUGGCAGAAGGCCGGCAUCUUCAAGCCCAACGCCGCGGCGUUCACCGUGGAGCAGAGCAGCAACGACGCGAUGCGGGUACUGGAGGCUCGAGCCCGCGAGCGCAAGUGCCAGCUCAGCGUCGUGCCGGCCCUCGAGUCUUAUCCCUGGCGCAAGGGACAGCCGCCCGUUUUGGGUAUCCAGAGCGAGGUACAGAGGAGCAACGCCUCGCUGGCCAUCCAGCUGGCCCAGGCUUGGUUCUCGAGGACUCAGGGGGGAGCGGCCAAACGUCAUCAUCAAUCGAGCGUGGUACUCUCGAGCACGGAGAACAAGCUCGACGCCAAGACCAAGGAUUGCAGCAGAUACAUCGUGACACCGGAGCACGCCGCGCCAAAGCGAACGAGCCUGUCGUGGACCAAGAUCGCCGCGGCGCUCGAGUCCUGCAGGUGGCCCGGACGAACUCAGAUCCUGCCCGGCAGGACGCUGGAUUUCUACGUCGACGGCGCUCACACGGAAGAGAGCAUGGACUCUUGCGUCGCCUGGUUCCGUGGCAUCGUCGCUUCCUCCAGAAAAGAGAGACGAAGGUAUCUCAUUUUUAACGCCACCGGCGAUCGGGACUCGGCCAAACUCUUGGCGCCGCUGAAAACGUUGAACUUCUACAAGGCGAUAUUCGUCCCGAAUCUCGCCGGUCUGGUGCACAACGCCGAUCAAGAGAAUCACAAUUUUCCGCUCGCCAAGCAGUUGGAGCGCUGCUGGAAGAACUCGGAGGUGUGGGGCGAGAACUCGGUGGUGAAGGAGAGCGUCUACGAGACGCUCAAUUACAUCAAGACGGAGAGCGAGGCGGACGUACUUGUACCCGACGACGACAACGAAUGCAAACCGCAAGUGCUGGUCACGGGUUCUCUGCAUUUGGUCGGAGCGCUGCUGACCGUGGUCGAUCCGGAAUUCACAAUGACCUCGACGUUUUGACCCGCGAUUAUCAUACGAGUGUAAUUCAUCAGUGGUCCAUGUCGAAUAAGUGAUGAAUUUUUUUUACCUACUCAGAGACUCUUUAAAAUCAGCAACUGAUGAAUAACAGUGUGGAAUUUUACACGCCGUAAUGUUAAAAUUUAACAUUUGUAAAUAUUAAAAAAAUUUUCAAUUGUUAAAGAUCAAAUGUUUUACCUUCUUCGAAUGACAAAAUUAAUCGAGGAUCGUAAAUUCUUUGUAGAUAGAUAUGCAUUCGAUACCAAAUUGUUAAUAGAUUUUUUUUUGUAUAAAUCAUAAAUAUAGUCAAUUUGUUAAAAUGUUUUCAGCAGCUUUGAAUCAUUUGAUAGCUUGAGGUUCUAUAGUGGCUAAAUUAAAAAUAACUCGAAUCAA